AUGCACCCUCCAACUAGCUGCAUCCACCGCUCCAAACCCUGGCUGAUCCCCUUUCUCUUCUCUGGCUCCGGCCAACGCCGCCACCAGCCCCGGCGUCCCCUCCACCAUCUGUUUGCGCCAACGCACAUUCCUCACCUCUCUCUCCCACAUGGAGCCGAUCAAACCCACGCCCACCCUAACAAGCAAGAUCUGCAUCCAACACGAACCCGCCGACGGCGGAGAUGCCGCGAGCGAACCAUCGGCGGCCUCCCUUUCCACCUCACGGAGAGGAUCCUCCGCUGCAUCAGCCCGCUCGAGUCAGUGCGCCUCGCCACCGUCUGCAGGUCCUGGGCGGCGACCAUCUCCGAGCGGCUAGCGACACCAACCCCGCACCUGUUCGCGCUGGAGGUCCUCGACGACAAGCACCCCCGCGGGGCGAUCUUCCCCGUGCCGGUCGGUGACAACGAGGAGGACUCACAGGCGCCGGCGAUCCCGGCCCGGCUGCCGGCCAUGGGCAGGCACGCGGAAUGUUUCGAGCUGUGUGGCGCCUCUUCCAGCGGCAACCUCUCCUUCGUGAACGGCAGCCUUGUCCUCCUCGUAAACCCCGUCACCGGCGCGUCCCGGAGCGUUGAGAUUUCGGCGAGCAUCUGUCAGACUGGACCUAACCUUUGCACCGGCACCGAGGCAUUCUUCAUUACAGAGUUCCAUAGGGGCGUCUCUCUCUGGUGGUGGUGCGCAGAGGAGUGGAGCGAGCGGAAGCUGCUUCUGCCUGAAGGGUUCAAAAUCUACCAUGCCAUUGCUCUGUCGGCCUACAGCAACGGUGCCCUGUAUGCGCUGGAGUUCUCCGGUUUGGUGUACGCCAUGGAUACCCGCUUGCCGCUGCCUUGGGGCCUGACGAGGCUCAGUGCGCCGAGCAUUCUCGAGCAGUACUCCCCGACGGGGCGCCAUUCUCGAGCAGUACUCCCCGAGCAACUGCAUCUACUUUGUGGGUGAUCUCGACGAGUCCUCAUUCAGCACUUGGGGCGUCUACUCAAUGGAGGAGCGGAAGGUGCUGUUUCAGCGCCCCGUCGGUGGUUCGCCGGGGAAGUACAAAGCUGCCCGGUGGUUCUUCCCUGGUGUUGUGAUGCCACUUGCGCGACAAUGUACAAACUUGGGACAUAGGACAAAAAUCAAUGGCCUUUAGGUACAAUCUGGUUCAUCAUGUUAUGAGAAUGCAGUAGCAGUUUUUUAAAUGUUACCACGGACUGCUCCUUUUAUGCUGGUAGAAGGAGAGGAGGAUGGCGAGCAACUGUGAGAAAUGGAGACGGCAAGGUAUUGCUAUGAUGUGGUAGUAAGGCCUCCAAGGGCUACUAUGCAGCCGAUGUGAUGGUCUCUAUGGCAUACCUGAAGGAUGCGGUUCAGUUUGGCAUGGCUCAAAUUAUUCUAGGAUCUGAUUCUCAGAAACUGUACAAAGCGCUGUUUGUGAAAUUUCAGACAAUCUGAUGAAGUUUAUGGAUUGUAUUGUACUUGUAAUACAGUUCUGCAUGAACUCACUAGGUUUGACGCUCCUUUGGGUUUCUCAGAUGUAUUAGUGGGGAUUUCUCUUAGUUUGUGUGUGCCAUGGUGAGCGAAGUUUAU